AUAUCCAGGGAAUGUAGCGAUAGACACGGGAGCGGCCAAGGAAACGAUGAACGUGACAUACGAUAUUAUUUCGCCUGUAAGCAAUAGUAGUGCAAAUUUCAGUGAUGUCGGUAGUACAAAUAGUUCUAGAGUUAAACGCCAAAGCACCUGGUGGUCAGCGCCCACAAACCAUAAGUAUAAUACGGACCGCGGAGGACCGGCAGGAAGUGGCGACCGUGGACGUGGUCGUAGUGGUGGUGGUGGUGGCGGUGCCACUCGCUACAAAGGAGGAUGUAUGGGUUCGAUCAACCGAGCAGAGCAGACGAAAGCGUACAACUUUGCACGAAACCUCCAAACAAACGCACGCCAAGCACUCUCAGGAUUUCCGAUAGCGAGUGGAUUUAUCGAAAAAUCGCUUGUAAGCCAUUUUGAAAUAUUGAACCUGGUGCCAACAACGAGACAAUCAUCAACCAAACCAGACCACUCCGGUGAUAAUUCGUCGCAUGGCAAACACUACGGCACAUCGACGAACGGUACGGCCAGCGGAUCCGGAACAAUCGGUACGGAUACGGAGAAAGGCAAUUUGGGCAUCGCGACAAAAUGGCGGAGGGUAGGGCUGAUAACGGGACGAUCGGUCCACCUGGAUACGAUUAUUUGGCCUGGUGGAGAUGUUACCGUUUCGGGUCUAUCCGGUAAAGCAAAAACAAUGUUCCGAGUGGUAGUUUCAGUGGCGCCACCAUUCGUAAUGGAAUCGCCGGUAAACGAGGAGGGCGAAUGCCUUCGGGGCCUCAUAUGCUACCAGAUAUAUACCACCGGUCGUCACAACCUGACGUUGAUGUUCAACGAAAUCGAGCGGCGUAACCGUUUGAGGGAGAUCGAUCCGGCACCGCAUCUCUAUAACGAGGACCGCCAUCAGGCAUAUCCGCUUUAUCGCAAACGCUGCUGUUACGGUCUAUCGAUGGACUUGCUGCAGAAGCUGGCGGCAGAGAUAAACUUUGACUUCCAUCUGUAUAUUGUCCACGAUGGACUGUUUGGACGUAGAAUUCCUGGCUUAAUGAAUGAAAAGCAGACGACGGGACCAGUGCCCCCAGUGCGUAGUCCCACACCAUCGACCAACGUGGAAUCAAAGUCAAAGUUUGACGCGCAAUCGGGAAGAAGUUUAAAGCGUGGAUCGAAACUGAAACAGGCACAAGCUGCUGCAAACGCCAGUAGGGAUGAGAUAUCCUACUAUCCGUUUGAGUUCUCUACCGCUCCACCGGUUCGGACUCGACAACAGUGGAACGGUGUUAUCGGGGACCUCAUGUCUGGGACGGCUGAUCUAUCGUUUGCUCCAUUGAGCGUCUCAAAGGCCCGCUCGGAGGUUAUCGACUUUACUAUACCAUACUUCCAUGGGGGAGUAUCAUUGCUGGCUGCACCAGAAACGUCCACCGACAUACCACUGCUGGCGUUUUUGCUACCCUUCUCGCCGGAACUUUGGAUAGCCAUCUUUACCUCGCUGAACGUCACGGCCGUUGCAGUUGCGAUCUACGAGUGGUUGAGUCCGUUCGGCUUGAACCCUUGGGGGAGGCAACGGAGCAAGAACUUUAGCAUGUCCUCCGCGCUUUGGGUCAUGUGGGGUCUACUUUGCGGACACUUGGUCGCCUUCAAGGCGCCGAAAUCGUGGCCCAACAAAUUUCUCAUCAACGUGUGGGGUGGCUUCAGCGUCAUCUUUAUUGCGUCCUACACUGCCAACAUCGCGGCACUCAUAGCGGGCCUAUUGUUCCACAACGAGGGAAAGUACUACGAAAUGUCGAUGUUAACGCAACGUGUUGGUUCGCCAAUCGCUACCGCAGCAGAAUCGUACGUCCAGCAGAACGAUAAGCGACUCUGGGAACACAUGAAAAAAUAUCAACUACAAAGCAUCGACGAAGGCAUACAACGUUUGAAAAAUGGUACCAUCGACUUACUCAUGUGUGAUACUCCUAUAUUGGAUUACUAUCGCGGGACGGACCAAAGCUGUUCCUUACAGCGGAUAGGUGAUAAUUAUAUUGAAGAUUCGUAUGCCAUAGGAAUGUCCAAGGGCUUCCCGCUGAAGAAAACUAUGUCCGCCCUUAUAUCCAAGUACUCCCACGACGGCUAUCUGGACAUACUCACCGCGAAAUGGUAUGGAGAUCUACCCUGCUUUCGGCUGGACCGCGAGAUGGCACAACCGAAACCGCUCGGUGUGACGGCGGUAGCCGGUGUGUUUUUGUUGCUCGGUGUCGGCAUGGUGCUCGGCGUACUGAUACUAAUCAUCGAGCACGUGUUCUACAAGUAUACGCUGCCGAUACUACGCCAUCAGCCGAAAGACACGAUCUGGAAGAGCCGCAAUAUCAUGUUCUUCAGCCAGAAGCUGUACCGGUUCAUCAAUUGCGUCGAGCUGGUCUCACCGCAUCACGCGGCGAAGGAGUUGGUGCACACGAUACGUCAAGGCCAAAUUACCAGCUUGUUCCAGAAGAGCGUCAAACGGAAGGAGGAUGAGCAGAGGCGACGGCGCAAGAGCAAGGCCCAGUUCUUCGAGAUGAUCCAGGAGAUACGCAGAAACAUCAAACUCAACAGGGUGCAGCUGGACACGGACGUUGACGUGGAUGCGUCCCUAUCGGCGACAUCGGAGAGCACUUCGCAGGCGUUACUGCCGGAGGCACAUCCGGUCGGUGGUGGGCGACUGUCGGUGUCUGCUUCUGCCAGCCGCCGGGCCAGCCCUGGCCAACGGUUGCGGGCCGGGUUCGGGUUCGGCAAGCGAGACGCCAAUGCCAGCGCCAGCAAGAGUUCGUCCUUUGCGUCAUCGUUGAACGUGCGCCGGUUCAGCACGGACAGCAUCAUCAGCGAGCGGCUUGGGACCAUCGGAAGACGGCUCAGUCGAGAUGCGGCAACCAGUUCGCCACCAGAUCUUUCGCACCAUUUCGAAACGUUUGGCAAGGGUGGCGGGGUUUCGAAGGAAGCGUCCAAAUUUGACACCUACUCGGGAAAAAACAACAGCAAGGAGAGCAUCGUCGCCGUGUUCAAGUGCGACACGUUCAACGGGAAGCUAUCGGCCGGACAGGACACGGUAGACGCGGGAGCAUCGUCAAACUCGGCAACGAGCGUGAACAAGGACACCGGACGGGUGAUGCCCGAGGGAGAAGAAAAGCCCGUCCUACCAGUGAAAACCAGAAAACGUUCCCGUCGCUCACCACUUAAUCUCGAGCUGUACGAAUCCAGCCGCCGGCGGCUAAUACCUAUCAAUGAGCGUGUGGCGCAAGGGUUGGCACCGCCAUUCCUCGAGGCAGACACCGGCAGCGCAUUGCUGCGUGAUAAGCUGCACGAAGAGUUGCGCCUCAAGUACGGGCAAACGCGCUGGAAAGGUUCUUCUUCUGGGAAUGGUGCAUCGGAAAGUGUGGAAAACGGUGGGGUGGAAAGCAUCAAAUCAACGGAAAACCAGGCAGGAAGCAGUAAACGUCGACCAAACCGGCGACUAUAAAAAAAAUUACAGUCAGAAAUCGAACACCAACAAAAACAACUGAUAACAUUAAUAUACAGGCACAUCUGGUAUGUGGAGCUCAUUAGUGUAUAGAAAGAAACCAAAUUUUGCGGAGAAUACGAUUGAUGUAGGAAGGAACAAGAAAAACACAGAUGUCAGUGUUUAGUCCUAGAAAAGGGCACAAGAAAAACAAAAAAUUAACGAAACGAAAACUUAGCUACACACGAUAUCAUGCGAUGGAUAGAUCCACCAUUUCGUUGUUCAUACCCGCCAAAAAUGGACAUCGAGCAUGAAGAAGGUUAAAGCAUUUGUAAAUUCGUAUCAGCCACGGAAGAGCGCGCUAAGCGCGCAUAGGUAAAGUUGUGGCGAUAACAAUGGCUGUAGGAUCUACUGCCGAUGAGUUUCUGUUCGUGUUUUCAGUGGCCACCAUUUAGCCUGUCAGUCCUCGUUACUAUUACGUAUCUUGGCACCGAAGCUAAAACUCCAUCCACCAAAAAGGUGGGGGAGCUUUCUUACACUUACUGUCAUAACAUGACAUUCUCUGUGUCUAGGAGUGCCUACUUUGAUAUUGCUAGCAAGCCUUCUCUCCUGUGUUCAGAGGACGUUUUUAAUUUUAACUAUCGCGGCUCUAUAUAAUGGAACCAACGGGUGUUAGGCCUUUUUCGUACUGAAAUUCAAUCAUUUAACGACCUAAUACGAAGGGAGAUUGUGUGGUACAUUUGCGGAACUGUAGCGUACAGGGGAUGAAGAAAAUAUGUGACGACACAAUUACGCCACGUAAAGUGGUACUUUUGCGCUUACUUACCACAAUGCUACAUUUGUUUUCUUACGAACUAAAGCUUCUUACUACUUCCAGCAACGGGACGAUUCGACAUUGGUGAUUGUGCAGGGGUAAAUAUACUAGAACUUUUGUGGUCCAAUUUCAGAAAGCAAUUUCAAUGUUCCCAAUUAUAAAACAGUCCAGGGGUCUUGAACCAUUAUACGUACACUGUAAAAAUAAGGAUACAAAAUACAAAAAAAUCUUCCAUAAGCACUUCACAAAAGAAAGAUAUUGGCAACUAACAGGAACUAAAUUUCAUGCAGUUGUAAAAUUAAAGCUAAUUUUUACUGUUCAUUGAUGGCUCCAAUAUUUAUUCCGCUCCCUGUGCUAACAUGUCUAUAGGAUAUUGAUGCAUAUAGUUUCUUUGCAUUACAGUUCAUCAUAACAGAAUCCCACCUUGGUUUAUUGAAUUUCCGUUUUUCAUUGCAAUAUAUUGAUUAGGUAAUUAGAUAUCAUUUCAGAUAGUUAAAAGCACCUUUUAGGCAAAACAAAGGAUUAAAAUAGAAAAGUUCCACAACUCGGUAAUAUACAAACGGAAAACAAUAACGACAAAAAACAGGCAAAUGGAAAAAGUACACUAACAUCACAAAAGGUCUGAAGGGGGUUGAAUUUUGCGAUUUAGAAAAGUAAUGAAAAAGAAAAACAUAACAAACCAGAAACAACAUUAUAUAAUAUUAAAAAAGGUAGCUUUAAGAUGCGAUUGAUGGUAACGUACGAUUGAAGAAAAAAAAACAACAAACUACUACAAAACGUGAUUUAAAAACAC